UUAUUUUUGGAGCGUCCACGGGCACGGUGGCUCGCUCCCUAAGGCUUCAGUUCACUUCAGGAUGAGUGGCCCUGUGGCACUCUGAGCCGGGAUUAACAAGCAGAGAGCAGUUUGUCCCGACAGCCGCUCGCCAAAGCCUGUCAGCAAAACACGAGCAACACCUCUUUCCACUUGGAGUCUGAAAAUGCUGAUGGAAGUGAGCUACAGUAAUGGGCUGGAGCCUGACCUUUCCCAGCAGUAUCCUCCGCCCUUACUGCCAAAACCAGGCAAAGACAACGCGAGGCUUCAGAAACUCAAGAAGAAGAGAGCCAAGAAAAAAGGCAGCCUCUCUCAGACGCCCGUCCCCUUUCGCUCCUGUUUGUCGCCUGUCAACGAAGCGAGCACAGACCUUGAGCACAGUGACCAGUCCAGCCCGCCGAGGACACCAGAUUCAGUCUACAUUGCAGACCCUUCAGUGUCCAGUUUCCCCUUUGACUCCCUCUAUGAUAACUCUGCAUCUGCAUUCCCUCAUCCUCAGAGCAGCCCCUACGGACAAACUGGCAGCUUCCUCCCUCAGUCCUACAUAGCUCAGAUCAGGACUUCUGAAGAGCAGGUGGCUCCGUUGUAUGAGUGCUCUUCUUUUUUAUUCGAUGACGUGGCUCCUUUCAUGAUGCCACCUUCAGUUUCACCACCCCCAUCACCACCUGAGCGGGUUCCAGCACCACAUCUUCCCUCUUCUUUCAAUUUAAACAUGACACCAAAUUCCCAUGGGUCAGUCACAACAGUCCCUCCAGUCGCUGCGUCGCAAUCCAGCACUAAAAUAUCAACUCACAGCCUGACCCUAUCCCCAGCCGCCCCCAACUGUGGCCCAGGCCUGCCACCUUCUCAGGUUGCAGACCUACCUCCUCUUCCAGCGCUGCUAUCAGUUUCCAACACUCUGACACAACCUUUUAUUCCCAGCCAGAGGGAGACAAACGCCAGUUCAAAGGACAAACCUCAGAGCCAGAUGUCAUCUUGGACUGCCAGACCUACCAGUAAUGGCAACUUUGUUCCAAGCCAGAUGUCCCCUGAGAUAACUGCCUCAAAAAUAUCACUUGUUGAAGCAGGUAAAGAGACGAGGCCUGACGCCCAACAAAGUAGGAUUUAUACAUCAAAGGCAACAUUUUACGAGAUCUCUAAACCUCCCUCCAUCCAAGACCUCACAGUAAUGAACCAAGCCUACCAGGGAGCAUCACUAUCGGACAUAUACAGAAAGAAAACAGCUGUGUCUGUGGUGAAAACUGAUCAGAAACUGAAAGUGUCCCAAUGUGGAAGACCUAAGACUCCAUCUUGUACACCAGCUCGAGUAUCCACACCCUUUAUUGAAAUAUCCAAACCUAACCCACUUUUAUUUGCUGAUUUCAAGCCCUCCCAAGAUCUACAAGCUCCUGCAAUUCCCAACAAAGCUCCAAGACAGAAAUCAGCAAUUCAAACUUGUGGCAUAGGUAAACCUUCAGGUGCCAUAGAAGAAUUGAAGCAGUCUGAAGUUAAUCACAUUACUGCUAUCAAACAAGCCAGCAAUUAUGCAGAGAUAGAGAUUACAAAUACACUAAGGAGUACAGUAAAUCUAAGCUUUGCCAAUACUGAGCUGUACCCCAGAGAGAACUUGGCAUCAAGUAUGACUGCACCCAACUCUGAUGUGGUAAAACCAACAUUAAUAGAACCAGACAUCCCAAAACUACAAACAAACCAAGUCGCUGAAAGUGAAGCUUCAUCUUUGCCAAAAGUCCCGUCAUUUCUAUCCACUGUACCAAAGACUUCAAAUCUCAACCCUACACCAGUGACUUCAAUGCAAGCAUCACCAAGUCCAAACCCCCUGUCUUCCCCUUAUCGUCCUCCUGUGAAGGAUGCACGCAAGUCUUUGUCGUCACUAUUGGAGAAUCAAAUGUCAUUAGUGCCCUCAAAGCCCAAAUCACGAUCAACAUAUUACGGACUUACUCCAUCGGAGUAUGCCGCCUACGGUGGAAUAAGGACUAUCGCAUCACAUCACAGCCCUGUAUCCCCCAGGGUUAAUGAAACCUCUUCAAACAAAACACAGUCAAAUGUAGCUCUAGAUGGAUUACACAUUUCAAAGUCUGAUGCAACAAAACAACAUUAUGGACAUCAAGAUCUUCAGUCUCCGAUGGAGGUUUCUGCUGCUAGCAUUUUACAAUGUCCAAGGGAUCCUGAGUUUCCAGCUGAACAGAUUGUCACACGUAGCAAAGAUGUGUUUGAGGAAAGUCAGUCUGAAGCUCAAAGUAUUGGAAUACAAUCACUUACAACAUCUAGCAUGGACACAAUAAAACCUGAGCUUCUCCUUGGCUUGGCACAGAAAGCAAUGCAACAAUCCACAAGUGAUGUAUCCACACCAAAAGCCUCAUACUUUGAGGAUCAAAUACCCGUGCCUAAAGCAGGUGAGGCACACACACAAAGUGCGGCACUAUUUUCUAUAGAGGCAACGCUAAAUAGGACUCCAUGCCUGACUGAUAGCAAUGGUCUGUCGAGUUCUUCCUCACCCUUAGUGAAAGUAGACUCAAAUGCAGAAACACAGCAUAGUGUAAAAGGGAUAGAUGCCAUAGAGAAAGGUGGUAAUCUUGAGAAAACACCUACAAGAGGAGAAUCCAAGGUCACAAAUGCAAAACAACAGCCAGGACAAGUACAGAUAGCUCCGGGCCAGUCUUACCAAACUGCUGGUGGAGUCAGUCCAUCAACAGCCAAUGGUCUCAAUGUCCAGCUCAUUGCCAAGCCUGUUAAAGACCUAGCUGACCAUAAAAACCCAGUAGUUCGGUCUCCUGCCACAGAUUUAGAACCCAAAUUCUCAGGGACUGAUCUAAUAAAUGGUGCAUUCAUCUUAGGAAUACAACAAGCCACCAAACUUGUUUCAGAAACAUCACUGCCCAGUACAAUGGCUGCUGAAGCGGUUCUACAUAAACAAAGGGAAGAAAUUAAGCAGCAUAUAAAAGCGAGCAGCGGGGUUACUCAACUCAAUAAAACCAACAUGGGGAAUAUUUUGCCUUCCGUGGCUGCUAAUACCAAAAUUACCAUUGACAAAAACACUGAUCCUCAAUUCUUAAAUAUAUUCUCCAAAGAAUCAACUAUCACUCCCACAGGAUCCAUUCUGCAACAUGAGCCUGUCACAGCAUCUGUAUGUUCUGCACAGCACAGUAUCUGCACAGCAUCUGCAGCUGUCCAAAGCACAAAAAUCACACAACAGCUCAGUGCUGAAACUAAAAUUCACAGAAAAAAGCAAAACAAGAUUAAUUUGCCCGGAGAAGGACUAUCUUUGAAAUCUUCUCAAGCAAUAAGUGUACCAAAUACACCUUGUGUUAAUACUAAUUUAGCGGGAAAACCUACCAUAGAAACUAAACUACCUGACCUUUCUGUCAGUGCAACCAAAUCCCCCAACAUUUCAGGCAUUAAAUUCCCUUUAGAUAUGACCGCCAAUGUGCCCACUAAAGAGCAGAGUAGCAUAUUAUCCAGUAGCCAAGAUAAAGUUGUUCAAGGAGCAGGUUUCUACACAAACUCAAGCAGAGCUAUAGUAGAAGCCACACAAGCAAAUGAAACCGGUCUUAACAUCCCUGCUAAAGAUGCGAAACUGUCGAGCCAAGUUAAUACAGAACUUAAACUCCCCACGUAUGAUAGUAUUGACACUAACAGAGUCAGCAACUCAACAGUAGACAUAGAAUUUUAUUCACAGCCCACCGCUGGAAGAGUAGGUUUAUUGAAAACAUCGACAGAGCAUCUUCCCAGUAUACCCAUUAGAGCAGAAAACAUUAAAACAAAAUGUGUUAUUGCAACAAGACCAGCUUCUAAUCUUUCAAAAGGAAACACAGUGCUGAACACACCUAUCAGUGAAACCAAACUGUCCAACAAACCAUCUGCAGGAUUGCUAACAGUCGGCAAGCCUCCCACAGACUUGAUCUCAAUUGGGCAACCAGAAAGUGUAGAGGCUAUUCAACAUGGCAGACUCGCUGCACAAAUUGCACAGUCAAACAAAUCCAAUUUGGGCAGCAAUGUUCACAGUAUUUCUGCUGCUGAAACCAAAGUCCCUAACAACCUUCAUACAGAAGGUAUUCUGCCUCUGAUGACAGACCCAGCAGUGAGCAUUAAACCAUCCUUUAAUAGUGUGCAGGUUAGUAAAACUACCGUGCCGGCUAGCCCUACCAUGAGGCAUGUCGCACCAAAAAGCCCUCGGCUGAGAUCAGACAGACCUGAGAGUCGAUCUGCAACAAAAACACCCAUCGAUGCAAAACCUGUUUCUGACCCUGUUGCUCAAACAAUAAUCUACACAAACUCAAAAGCAGAUGGUAAACAGAUUGCCAACCCUGUUGCUGAGCAAAGAUCAUUUGAGACAUCUGCACCACAAAUUACUACUCAAACCAGCGUAAAGGAACAACCCCCUUUCAUCCAGCCUACUAUACUCAAUAAAUCUUUAGCAAGUCCCCCUGCAAAGACAAAAUAUUCUGUAACACAAAAGUCUGAGACAACAGCUACGUCUUCUCCUGCUUAUGUCAUGGCUAACAUAUCUAAAAUCAGUGUAGAACAGCAAAUUAUUGCAAGUCAAAUCAUGUUGUCUGGAGAUAAUCUUCAAACCUCUGUAAAUUCUAUGAGCUCUCAGUCUGGAGUGAGACAGUUUAGGCAAUCUGUCACUGAAACAAAGAACUCUAUAGAAACUAACAUUCACACUGAUUUAAAUAACCAUGCUGCCACAAAUAUUCAGCCCCUUGCUGAAGCCAUCAGAGAUGCUAAAGCCCCACUUUUCCCUCCUAGAGCAUUUAAACCUCGGAGCACAACAACAGCCUCCCCUCUACCAGAGCCAAGAGUGUGUAAUACACCUAUUCGAAGCUAUACUCCAACCUUUGCCCCAGUCUUCUCAAAACUCCCAACUCUUUAAACCAUACUACAGAAAUUAAACCUUCGUCAGUCAUUAUGAAAGACCAAACAAACCCUACCAUUACAACUCUUCGAAAUAAUACACCUACUAGCACUGUUCAGCCCUCUGCUAAGUCAAUCACAGAGAAUAUCUCAAAACUAGACAUAAAACCA